UAUUAAUAGUUUUAAAGGAGAAAGUGUUCACAAAAAUGAAUCAACGAUUGGAUUACAAGUGAGACAACGUUUGGCGCAUUCAAUGCAUUAAUGUUUGCAAUCGUUUUCAAUGAAAUCACUUGUUGUCCACUCAUAUCAUGUGUGAAGUAAUGCAAUCAUCGACUGAUCAGUUGGUCAACACAACGACCGAUAAUACUGCCGUCGAUUCGGUCAUAACUGAUGCCGAGGCCGCUCUAUAUGACCGACAAAUACGCUUAUGGGGUGCUUCGGCACAGAAAAAGUUGCGAAUGGCCGAUGUAUUGAUGGCCGGUAUCAAUGGUGUCGGGUCUGAGAUUGUCAAGAAUAUAGUGCUGUCGGGAAUCAAUUCAAUCACUUUAUUGGACGACCAAUUAGUGACAACAAACGAUUCACUCAGCAAUUUAUUUACUAAAAGACAAUUAGGAAAGAAUAGGGCAGAAGUGGCACGAGAUUUGGUUCAGUCAUUGAAUCCAAUGGUCGCCGUAAAGAGUGAGUGCGGAAACAUUGCUGACAAAGAUAAAGACUAUUUGAGUGCAUUUCAAGUGGUAAUUGUAUCCAAUUAUGACAAACAAACGAUGUUUAAAGUAAACCAAUUCUGUAAUGAACUUAAAAUCAAAUUCUUUGCGACUGCUGUUUGGGGUUUAUUUGGAUUCACUUUUACUGACUUAGGAUCUGAACACACAUAUGUCACGGAAGAGGAUGUAAAACGUGAAGAAGAAAUAAUUGGAGACAACAACGAACCGUUGAAGAAAAAGGUUAAAUUAGAUGACACCGUCAAACAAAUUGUCGAAAAGAAAGUUAGUUUCGUAUCGCUUGAGACAGCUUUGGCCGUUAAAGCCGGCAAAUCUGGUUACGGACUGACCAAACGCACGAGCAGUUCAUUUAUUAUAACUCACAUUUUACUAGAAUUUUAUGACAAGCAUUCCAGAUAUCCAUCGCCCGACUCACGAGAUAAUGAUAUCAAAGAGUUGGCUAUUUUAGAGAAACAAGUGAUUGAAAGAUUGGGUGUCAAUGAAGAUAUUAUAUCAAAUAAAGUCAACGAUUGGCACAAACAUGUCUUCGGAGAAUUAAGUCCUGUUUGUGCUGUCGUUGGAGGAGUUUUAGCACAAGACGUAAUACGAGUUAUAUCUGAAAAAGACACUCCAAUCAGAAACUUCUUUCUUUUUGAUGGCAUUUCUUGCAAUGGAAACAUUGAAAGUAUUGGAAAAUAAUUAUCUUUUUUACUAAUCAUAUAUUUG